CAUUCAUGUUAUGAUAUAAUAGAAGAGAUCGAUCGAAGAUCCUUCGUCCGCUGACGGAAGAUGGCCCCCGGAUCCCUUUUCUUCCUCCUCUCCUUCGUCUUCCUCUCCUUCCCCCACUUCUCCCGUCCCCUAAACCCUAACCCUAACACAAAUCCUAACUCCGCCUAUGACGAGCUUAAGAACCGAGGCUUUCCCAUCGGGCUUCUCCCCACCAACGUCCGCGGCUACUCCCUCAACCGCAGCUCUGGCGUCUUCGCCGUCGACCUCGACGACCGCUGUCGGAUCACGCUCCCCCCGGACAACUACCUCGCUGCCUACUCUCCCAGGAUCACCGGCAAGCUCAACGAGCGCCGGAUCUCCGAGCUCGACGGGAUCCGGGUCCGAGCCUUCUUCCGGUGGUGGUCCAUCACCGGCAUCCGGUCCUCCGGCGACGAUGUCGUGUUCGAGGUCGGCGUCACCUCCGCCAAGUAUCCUUCCCGGAAUUUUGGCGAGAGCCCCGACUGCGAGGGCAGGAGACCAAGAAAGGCGUCAUCUUGAGGAGCUCCAAUGCUUUACACCUCAAAUGUGUAUUUUAUGAUGAUAACUUCAUGUGGUUGAUACAUUCUUAUGCAUUGUAAGCCCUUGAUGGGCAAUGUCGAUGUUUCCAUCAUGUGCUUGAAAAACAUAUUCAUUCCAUCUUAUGUCUUUGACAUCAAAUCCAAACUAGCUGGGCUCGAUAACAGCAGGCUCUGUUUACUAAUC